UCCAGCCUCCUUCGAACAUUUCGAUUAUUAUUGGUAUACGUUGAUCUCCGCUCAGUGAUCGAAGAACAGUUGAUCAUAGUGAUCAUUUUUAAAUCGUUUUCUAAGUUGUCUAUGUUUCUAAUAGCAACGCAACUUGUUCAAAUCAUCUAAUCGAUAAGUUGUUGUUUUUUUGUUUUUAUUGAAAGAACAAAAAACAACUUGGGGAUCGAACGAAAUGUCUGGUUUAAGUUCACGGACACGAUGGGAGGUUCGAGCUUCUCAUAUUGCAAAAAGAACGCACAACCCUAUAAGAUCGAUCGUUGAGAACAUCGUUGUCGAACCUAAUCCUAAGAAGAGAAUGAUCGCAUUGUCGAUCGAAUUGAACGUCAAAGACGUGAUUCUGUGUAGUGGUUGUUCCUGUGCCCUGGAUCUCUGUAUUACAGCAUUGGCAAAAGAAGGACAGAACAUUCUGAUUCCACGUCCUGGUUUUUCUAUUUAUCGAACGUUAGCGGAAGGUCUAGGAAUUGUGGUGAAGACUUACAAUCUUUGCCCUGAACGCAAUUGGGAAAUCGAUCUCUAUGACCUGGAGACGAAGAUCGAUGAAUCUACGGCAGCGAUAGUUAUAAACAAUCCCUCGAAUCCAUGCGGUUCUGUGUUUAGCCGCAACCAUAUACUCGAUAUUCUGAAUAUUGCUACCCGUUACUACCUGCCUAUCAUCGCUGACGAAAUUUACGAACAUAUGGUUUUCCCUGGACAAACUUUUCACUCGUUAACGUCCCUCCCGAGCGAAGUUCCGAUUUUAUUGUGCAGCGGUCUUGGAAAAAGGUUUUUGGUACCUGGCUGGCGUAUGGGAUGGAUAAUCAUCCACGACAAACAAAACGUUUUAGAGGAAGAGAUUCGCAAGGGUUUGCAAUGUUUGAGUCAACGAAUUAUUGGUAGCAAUACGCUUAUACAGGGUGCCUUACCGGCCAUUUUAAGGAAUACACCUCAAAAGUUUUUCGACGACGUCAUGUCCACCUUGCUCACCCAUUCGAAAUUGUGUUAUAAUUGUAUAGCGAAGAUUCCAGGAUUGAAGCCGAUAAUGCCAGGCGGUGCGAUGUAUAUGAUGGUUUUUAUAGACUUAUCCUGUUUCCCCGAGUUUAAUACCGACGUUGAAUUCGUGCAACGUUUGCUUAUGGAAGAAUCCGUUUUUUGUCUGCCGGGUCAAUGUUUCGACUACCCUUCGUAUAUGAGACUGGUAAUUACCAUACCUCAACAUAUGCUCGAGGAAGCGUGCAAAAGAAUUGAAGAAUUUUGUUGGAGACACCAUUACAAAACGGCAGAGAUUAGUAGGAAAAAUAAUUUGAUUGAAAAUUGACGAAUGGAAUUAAUGCAAAUUAGAAUAAUGAU